AUGUCUGGCCGCGGUAAAGGUGGAAAGGGUCUCGGAAAGGGCGGUGCCAAGCGUCACCGCAAGAUUCUUCGCGACAACAUCCAGGGAAUCACCAAGCCCGCCAUUCGUCGUCUCGCCCGUCGUGGUGGUGUCAAGCGUAUCUCUGGCCUCAUCUACGAGGAGACCCGCUCCGUCCUCAAGGUCUUCCUCGAGAACGUCAUCCGUGACGCCGUCACCUACACUGAGCACGCCAAGCGCAAGACCGUCACCUCCCUCGAUGUCGUCUACGCCCUCAAGCGCCAGGGACGCACCCUCUACGGUUUCGGCGGAUAA